CAACAACAACGAAACCAUGUCGGCCCAACUGGCAUCACUGGUUAGCAAAAGAAUCCUAGGAGAAACAGCUCGGAACCAUUUUGGACAAGAGGACCCCUAUUUCGAACAAGUCCCCGCCUCGCGCCUCAAUCGUGCCUUCGGGAAGAAAACACAGAAGCGGCGCAAGGCGAUCCCCCCCGGCUUGUCUGAGAACGACAGCAAGGUCUUGACCCAGGUCAAGAGACGGGCCUACAGGCUGGACCUGUGCCUCUUCAGCCUGUGCGGAAUCCGCUUUGGCUGGGGAAGUGUGAUAGGACUGUUCCCUUUUAUUGGUGAUGGGGCCGAUGCCGCGCUUGCCUUGAUGGUGGUGAGGACCUGCGACAAAAUCGACGGGGGCCUGCCAUCACGCCUCCGCAUGAUGAUGCUGAUGAACAUCGUGCUCGACUUCUUCAUCGGCCUGGUCCCUUUCAUCGGCGAUGUCGCAGAUGCGGUGUACAAGUGCAACACGCGAAACGCCAUGCUCUUGGAGAAGCACUUGCGGCAGAAGGGAGCCAAGACCCUGUCGAGACACGACAGAAGGAAGGAUGACGAUAUAGACAUGAGUUUGCCGGACGAAUUCGACCGUUACGACGACACUGCCUUGCCUGAAGCGCCCGAUCACCGAAGCCAGUCACACGGCAGACACCCCGAUGGUCCAGCCAAGCCGCAGGCAGCCAAGCAUCCGCAGAGAAACCGGUCGCAGGGAAGGUGGUUCGGCGGAAGAAGCCAUCGAGAGGGGGACCUGGAGACAGGAGUGGUCGAUAACUCGUAAUCUUCGAGAUGUACGCAGAACAGCGAGAGAGGCAUGAAUUUAUGACAUUUCCUGAGGUUUGGAGCCUGCCG